CAGCAGGAACAGAAGUUUGAAGUGUUUUGACGCAUGCGCAGUUUAGGCUGUUUGUCCUGUUUCGCUGGUUGACUUUUACCUGUCAGCUCGGAACCGACUUUCUCAUUCCCAUGUGGGGCUUUUUAAAGCGUGUCGACCCGCUGCUUGGGGUUCCGAUACCGGCCCAGAUGCCGUGUGAGACUUUCCUCCACCCUCCCAGGAGCGUGUGACUCAGGGGUCCCCACUGCGGAGCGUCCAAGGCGGGAUUGUAAUCAUUGGAGUAUCGGUGCGGUAAGCAGGCAAGCAGGCAGCAGGUGCACCCGUGCGGAAGGAGAAGGAGGGCGGCCCACGGAGAGGAAAUCAACUGGUUGGCUUCUCCCAUUAGCAUGCGUGUCGAGUCCUAGCGUCCAGCCUGAUAAGUCUUUCCUCGCCUGCCGACACACUCGCUCCUCGCCACGGGGAAAGGAGCUGGCGGGAGUCGGGACCACCCCCCUCUCCAGCUUCCGACGAAGAGAAAAAAAUGAUGGGCUUUUUGCGCCGGACCUUCAGCCGCCGCUCAAGAAGCCGUUUCCAGGUGAGAGAGGGAGACGAGCGGGACGGUAAGGGAGGCGGAGGGGCGGCCGGCGGGAACCCCCUGCUCAUGGCCCACCAGCAGCAGGUAGUCCAUGCACCGGCUGUGGUUUCCGGGGGAGCGGCGGUUCAUAUCCCGGCUGGUGGGACGGCCAGGACGACUAUCACCUGCCGGGUUUUGCUGCUGGACGGCUCGGAUGUCAGCGUGGAUUUGCCUAGCAAAUGCAAAGGCCAGGACCUUUUUGACCAAAUCAUGUAUCACAUAGAUCUGGUGGAGGCGGACUACUUUGGCCUACAAUAUAUGGACACAGACCAAGUUUCGCACUGGCUGGAUAUGUCCAAGCAGAUCAAGAAACAGAUCAAAGAUGGUCCGCCUUUCCGACUGUUCUUCCGAGUGAAAUUUUACUCCUCCGAGCCAAAUAACCUACGUGAGGAAUUCACAAGGUAUCUGUUUGUGCUGCAGCUUCGACAAGACAUUCUGUCUGGCAAACUAAAAUGUCCGUAUGAUGUCUCAGUUGAGCUGGCUGCAUACUGUUUGCAAAGUGAGCUAGGAGACUGCGAUGCCUUGGACCAUUCUCCCGAGCUGGUGUCGGAAUUCCGCUUCACUCCGAAACAAAGCGAGGCAAUGGAGGCGGACAUCUUCAGCAGGUGGUUGGAUCUCAGGGGAAAAAGUCCUUCCCAAGCUGAAAUCUCCUUCCUCAACAAAUGCAAGUGGCUGGAGCUUUAUGGUGUAGAUAUGCACUUUGUAAAGGGUAGAGAUGGUGGUGAUUACGCACUUGGUCUCACUCCCACUGGCAUCCUGGUGUUUGAAGGUUCCAACAAAAUUGGCCUCUUUUUCUGGCCCAAGAUUACUCGUCUGGAUUUCAAAAAGAGCCGACUGACGUUGGUGGUGGUGGAGGAUGAUGAUCAGGGCCACGAGCAGGAGCACACCUUCGUGUUCCAGCUGGCCAGCGCCAAGAGCUGCAAACACGUGUGGAAGUGCGCUGUGGAGAGCCACGCCUUCUUCCGGCUACGCCAACCAGCCACAGGCAAGACCAGCCACAGUGACUUCACGCGACUUGGCUCCCGCUUUAGAUUCAGUGGGAAAACCGAGUACCAGGCCACUCACAGCAGCCGACUGAGGCGAGCCAACACAUUUGAGAGAAGGCCAAGCAAACGCUACCCCUCCCGCACGCAGUCACUGGGCAAAGUUGCUGCAAUCUCCCCUGCCAAGCCUCCUCACAUCAGCCCUGAUCCCAGCCUACAUGCAUGCCAGCACAAAAUCCCGAUGGUGGGUCACGAGGCGUGGCACCCGACUGCCCACCCCUCCUUCGCACCCUCCGUUUACCUGCACCCCUCUGGGCACACAACACCGUACAGCUUCCCUCCGAGUGGCCCCCACUCUGACCAUCAGCUCAACAUGGAACAGAAAGAGACGUUGUAUUCUGGAAAGGUCCAUCACCGCCACCGUCGCCACACGCACAGCCAGGACACACUUUACCACAGACACAACAAAAUCAAAUGUCAAGCUUCGCCCUGCCCAGGAGAGGACUUGGACGUGUCUCCAUGUCAUCGCAAGGCUGUGGAGUCGGACAGCGAAUGUCCUCCGUGGCCUUCACUGCGCAUCAACAUGGACGACAAAGGAGAAGAGAAGCGCCUCUCGGAAAAGUCUCUCCAUCCUCCCGCCUCCUCUUCCUCCCCGGCUUUGCUUCCCGACCAGCUGAAAUGUAACAUUCUCAAGGCUCAGAUGGAAGCAGCGUUCAGGAAGGAAGCUUCAUCAAGUCUGAGAGGGAAGAACGUCAACAUGCCUCUCAAGGACAGGUAUCAGAAUUCCUCUCAAGACUCGCUGGUAUCCACUUUGCCUGCAGAGAAACUGUCCCUCAGACCAGACGUCCAAUUCAGCACAGGCACCAACCGCAGGAAACGUCUGGUCAGACAGUUCAGCUUUGUGUCUCUCUCUUUCUUUCUCCCCCUCUGGAUUAGUAACCAUGAAGAUGAAGACGACCUUCCUGAAGCUCUUGCAGCCAUGUCCUGUGAGAGCACAGCCAAGUCAGGCUCCAGCAGCUCGCUGGACAAACAAAUACAGCCGUCUAUUUACCCACAGGUGGACACUGUGCCAACUGUGAAGGGUGGUAGUCCAUGCUGUGUGUCCCCUUUGCCAUCUCCCCACCUCUCUCCUUCCUGCUACUGUAGUCCCCUCCCUCACCUGGUCCCUUACCUUGCAGCCCAUCACGCCAGUGGAGAAGAACUGCGUGUGGACAGAGAAAAGCUACUGAGAGCCCUCCUGAUCACUGAGCUCUGAGACCAUGACCUUUGACCCCCGCCAGGAACGACCCAAAAGCGUUGGCUGAGCUCAACAUUUGCGAAUAUUUCUUCGCACAAAUGAUAUUUGCUUCAAAGUGUUCCUUCUUCUCUGCGCUUUCUGUCCAAACUCACUGCAGGCAUGUCUGAAGUGUGGCCCCUGCCACCAUUUUCAGCCCGCAGCUGGUUUUCUGUUGGCGUUAGGCAUAUUGUAAUAAUCAAAUGACUUGAUUAUUAAUAAAACGUUACAAAUGACAGUAUUUAGCUGUAAGAAAAAGUUAAGAUGUUAGCAUCGACGGAUUGCUUUAAACAUCUUUAAUGUACAAAAUGUAUCAAAAUGCUUUAACGUGUUAAAGGUUUGGACACUAAUAAAAUGGACUUCAAGCUGCAGAUGCUGCAUGCUUGAUAUUAUUAUAUAAUAUAAAUAUAUGUAUUUAUUCUUUAUACAGUACAGCCUGCUGUAUGCUGGCUGAUUGUUGUUAUUUUCAGCUCUUCAGGAGUUACGACUUGAAUGUAUCAAACUUAAAAGAUCUUUUAAAAGAGACUGAUCCAAUUCUAACUAAUGCAGUGUUUGUCCACACAUUGGGACGCCACUACACUACAAGAAGUGAAAAUAAAAUAAAAGGCAGGCGCUUUCUUUCGCAGCUAUAACAUCAAAAUGUGAGCUUUCUGUCUUCACUGCAACUCAUCGCUGGUGUUCCUCCACACCGCACUCAUCUGAGCAUGCUUUUAUGCACAUUGCUUUGUGCACUGCUGCACCAAAACAAUAAUUCAUAACUCUUUUACAAAUAUACAAUUCAGGGAUUUAAUGUUUGCUAUUGUUGUUGUUGUUUGUACUCGUAUGUGCAUGCUUCUUUAGACUUUCAUUCAUUUUACUGUCAAGUUUCUUUUUCUAUUGGGGACAUUUUAUUCUGCCCAUAAAUGUAUUGUAAACACAUUGCCACCAUUUUUCAAUUAUUAUCAGAUGUUUAUUGUUUUUAUUGUAUUGUUCAAGAUUGAACAACUUGCAAAAUAAUACAUUUACAAUUGAUUAUACAUGAAAUAUACUGUUAUUCAUUGAUUGUAUUCAUCCAUCCAUUUUCUACUGCUUAUUCCCUUUUGGGGUCGCGGGGGGCGCUCGCGCCUAUCUCAGCAACAAUCGGGCGGAAGGCGGGGUACACCCUGGACAAGUUUCCACCUCAUCGCAGGGCCAACACAGAUAGACAGACAACAUUCACACACUAGGGACCAUUUUAGUGUUGCCAAUCAACCUAUCCCCAGGUGCAUGUUUUUGGAAGUGGGAGGAAGCCGGAGUACCCGGAGGGAACCCACGCAUUCACGGGGAGAACAUGCAAACUCCACACAGAAAUAUCCUGAGCCUGGAUUUGAACCCAGGACUGCAGGACCUUCGUAUUGUGAGGCAGACGAACUAACCCCUCUCCCACCUACAAGUACAACCCAUUUAUCAUUUAUUCUUUUAAUUAUCAUUGGGUUUUCAAGCUGCUGUCUAAAAGUGUCCACUAGAUGGCAACAAAUUGUGUGAAGUGUGGCAGCAGACGAUAUUACGUCGCACAACACCUGCAAGUGAAGAAGUCACGCCUAUUAUUGCACGUGUAAAGUUUGAAGCUGACUUUUGAUUGAUUGAAACUUUUAUUAGUAGAUUGCACAGCACAGUUCAGUACAUAUUACCUACAAUUGACCACUAAAUGGUAACACCCGAAUACGUUUUUCAACCUGUUUAAGUCGGAGUCCACGUUAAUCGAUUCAUGGUAGUGACAUAUAAUGUAAGUAAGAAUGUGUUUGUUACCAUUAAAUGUUGUCAGCGUGUCAUUCCAUUUUUAAGGUGACAUGUUUGGUACACUUGGCAACGCCUUCGUCUGUUUCCCUCACAUACACGAUAUCAGAAAUAAAACAUUAUAUCAAAAACAAAACAAUAUCGAGAAGAAAACAGUUGAUAAAAUAACCCAGUAUUUAUAUGUCGCCUUUCUCUUUGUGGUCAGUGUUUCAAGGUCGCAUCGUCAGCGUUGGAGCAUCUUGUGUGUGUUUGCAAGCACGCGUGCGCGUCUGCACUGACUGACGCGGGAAUGUGGAUGAGCCUUGCCCAGCGUGUGCGUGUUAGUACGUGUGUGUGAGUGUGUGUGCGAGUAUGUGUGUGCGCGUGCUUGUGUGAGUGUGCGUUCCCCUCCCUGUGAGGGAAUGCUGCCCUUCCAAAGAAGACUACAGAGAUGUAUGAUCAGCCUGUACUGGCCUAUCAGGUCCAGCCCGCAAUGAGUCAGCUUGUAAUUGUUGUGUUGUUAGCAGGGGUGGGUAGUAACGCGCUACAUUUACUCCGUUACAUCUACUUGAGUAACUUUUGGGAUAAAUUGUACUUCUAAGAGUAGUUUUUAUGCAACAUACUUUUACUUUUACUUGAGUAUAUUUAUAAAGAAGAAACGCUACUUUUACUCCGCUCCAUUUAUCUACAAUCAGCUCGUUACUCGUUACUUUUUUUUUUUAUCGAUCUGUUAAUGCACGCUUUGUUUGUUUUGAUUUUGUCGGACACGCAUUCAAAGUAGGAACUACGCAUGCCCGCGUUUCACCAAUCAAAUGCAGUCACUGGUGACGUUGGACCAAUAAAACAGAGCCAGGUGGUCACGUGACCGUAACAUGUUGAAAAACUUAUUGGGGUGUUACCAUUUAGUGGUCAAUUGUGCGGAAUAUGUACUGCACUGUGCAAUCUACUAAUAAAAGUUUCGAUCAAUCAAUCAAAAGUGUAAAGGAAAAAAGACACUUUCAAUCAACCCUUCUUCGAUUACGCUUGCGCCUCCUGGUACCCCAGCACCUCCAAAACCCUCAAAUCUAGACUCCAAACAUCCCAGAAUAAGCUAAUCCGGUUACUUUUAGACCUCCACCCCAGAUCACACCUCAAUCCAACCCACUUCUCCGAAGUGGGCUGGCUCAGGGUGGAGGACAGAGUAAAACAACUUGCACUGAGCCUAGUCUAUAAAAUCCGCUACACCUCCUUGAUACCGAAGUACAUGUCAAAUUACUUCCUUAACGUAAAUGACCGCCAUAACCACAACACCAGGGGGAGCUCCACAAACCACGUUAAACCCAGAUUUCGAUCUAACAAAGGUCUUAACUCAUUCUCUUUCUAUGCCACAUCAAUGUGGAAUGCACUCCCAACAGGUAUAAAAGUAAGUGCAUCUCUAUAUUCCUUCAAAACCGCUCUAAAACAACACCUCCAGGCAACUUCAACACUUUACUAAUACCCUCCUCCAUUCACAUCCCAUCUCCCCGGAUUAUAAACAACUCAAAUGUACUUCUAAUGUAUAUACUUGUUCUUAUGCUAUCUGAACUCACUAUGUUCUCUGCUGGCUGUACAUAUCCUACUAAAUAAGACCUACACUGUUUCAAUGUCCACAUUUCUCUGUUGAUGCAAUUGUUGAUGACUGAAGUUCUGAUAUCAACCAAAGCUCCUCAUCCCACCCCCCGGAUUGUAAAUAAUGUAAAUAAUUAAAUGUACAUACUAUGAUGAUUAACUUGUGUGAUGACUGUAUUAUGCUGAUAGUAUAUAUUUGUACCAUGAAUUGAUUAACGUGGACCCCGACUUAAACAAGUUGAAAAACUUAUUCGGGUGUUACCAUUUAGUGGUCAAUUGUACGGAAUAUGUACUGUACUGUGCUAUCUACUAAUAAAAGUAUCAAUCAAUCAA